CUUCGACGCCCCUUCCACUUCAAGAACGCGAUUCUGUGUACACUGCCCGCCUGCCUUCCCGCCCGCCGCUGCUGAACACAAACCUCGCCGACGCCAAAACGUGGUCCUGCCACUGUCGCCGCGAGUAUACCGCUCACAGUCACUCAAUUGACCCCCACCUUGGCCCGGAAUGCUCAGGCCGUAGCACGAGCGCGAUUCUAUGCACCCCUUCUCCAUCCUGACUCUUGGCAUCUUCGUAGCUGGCUACAUAACCGCUCGAUGGGAUCUCGUCACUCGCCUAUAUGAGCUUGCCAUCUUUGCCUGGAACUACGGAGUGGUCGUAAGAAACUUCCCCCACAACCCCCGACCCGAGGCGUCUUUAGCCCUGCUGUGCAACCCGAAACGAUCGGCUUCUAACCGACCAUCAUCUUAUCUUUUUCGCAGACUCGCGCCGCCAAGGGAUUUGC